AAAGCACAACACUGAAUUUGCUGGUGCGUGAAUCCAUAGAGAGAAUCACGGAUCUCUCUGGUGUCAUCGAGCUCGGCAUGGCCACCUUCAGGACUGUGGUGCCUGGUCAGGCAGAAAUAGGUUGACAUGUUGAAUUUCACCUCCGUUGCGAAUUACUCCUCAGUCGAAAGUUACAUUCCUGGCCCAACCACUGAUCCUGUCUCUGACGCACCGCUCGAGGACGCGCUGCUCCAACUGCUGCCGUCCUGGGAGGUUUAUCAGCCCGGAACGAUUCUGAUUUCCGUCACUUGGAAUCAUAUUGUUGCAAAAGAUGCUGAGGAGCACCUUAAUGCCCUGGUACUUGAUAAGCGGGUGAAGCUGCUCGUGCUGGACUCAUCGGGGAUGGAGGGUCUGGAACAUGUGCUGCCGCUGAUCCCGCUCCUGCAGAACACUGGUGGCAACUUCUAUAUCCAAGACUAUAAUAUUUCCAAGCCAAUCCCCCAGCUUCUCGGAGACUUGGUCAACUACACGAGGUACCAAUUCAUCAACGACCAUAAACUGAUUGGUGUGAGUCAUCAUGCAGUGGAAGCUAACAGCGGCGCUCAAUCACUUAUGACUUUAAAUGUUCAGAGGGGAGUUGAAAAAAAGAUCAGCGGUUAUCUCAGAAUCACUCCUUUUGAUCGUCAUUCCAUUGAGGUUACCAUCAAUGAUCCCAAGACCACGAAUCCCAUCUCCUGUAACACUGUAGGAAGAAACCUGAUCCUUCAGUGUACCAGUUUUGCAGAAGGCAUUUUCAUCUAUUUUUAUUCAGUCGAUGUAUUCGUCUUCGAUUAUUCCAUGUCCAUCGAGAACAGCGGGGCGGAGAGCGUGAUGGUCGAAGCCACCUGGAGUGCAGUUGAUUAUCCCAAUGAAGAAAAAGUAUCGGUGGCCGUGUGGUCGUCUGAGACUGAGCUGAAGGCAGAUGUUCAAGAGAACGCCAACCCCUUCCUUUACUGCCAGGUGUCCCAAGCAAGCGGCAGAGUGGUGGAAAAUCUGCAGGUCAUGGCCGAAGUUGAAUUAGUCGUUGAGCACAAUGUGUCCACGCAGAUCAUCUCCUUCACCGAUGGCGGAGACAGAGCGGUGGACGUAAAGGCGAGGGACACUGUGUGGUCUGGACAACUGAGUGGCAACUGGCCCGCCGGCACCACCUUCACUGUCACGACCUUGGCCAUUAACCACGACCCGGAUAUCUUUUCACCCUUCAAACUCGAUAAUACCUUCAGGACGCGUGGGGUUGCUGCAGGAGGCUUGACAGGCAGUAGCUCCAGUGUCCUCCCAAUAAACCCUACAGAAGGUGAAUGUUGUUUGAGUUUCUCGGACGAAAGAGGAACAGGGCGUACCCUCGUAGUCAACCAGAUGCUGUUGAGGCCCUUUAGUGCUAAGAUCAACAAUGACAAACAGGACGUACCGCCACGGGUGACAGAAGUGCCCAAGCUAGACUCAAGCAAUUCUUACUUCAUCGACAAUGACACUGUCACGAUCACAUUCCAUUUGGGAGGACAGAUGGACCGGCAGAGAAUGUCGACGACGUACGAAUACUUGGUUCGCUACCACGAGGACUUUGCGACACUUCGGGACAACUUCACCCAAGCCAAAGAGCCGCUGGACGGGUUCAGGUCCCCUGGAGACGCCACGAGCAUCACCGUCACAAUAGCAGUUAAUGGUUCAGAUCAUGUCUACCUCGCCGUGGCCAACUACGACCCUUCAACUGGAAUCGAGAGUCCGCCGUCAACCACACUGCUAGUAGAGAUGAGCACCUUACCGCCACCCACAACCACAACUCCAACUACCACUACCACCACCACCACCACCACCACCACCACAACAACAACAACGAUACCAAUAACAGCAACAACAACAACAACAACAGCGAUACCGACAACGACAACAACAACAACUCCUCCACCAAAAAGUACCCCGUCAACUACUAAAGCUCCUCCCACUGAAGUGUCAACGCCAAAAGACAACACAGUCAUCAUCGUGGUGUCAGUGGUGUGCUCCGUUGUGGUGCUGGGUGUGGCAGGUGGCCUCUAUUAUUACAGGGGCAAGAUUUGUAAAGGAAAAACCACUGUCUAAAAUGAUCUCAUCGCCACUUUCUUGGGAUAAAGAUAAUGGUUAAAGGAUCUGAGGCCUCGUAAUAGAAAAAAAUUCCCGCGUGCAGCAGCUUGGGAUAGCGUGUUGUCACUGCUGCUAUUUUCCUGUACUUCCCCUACACUGCUGCAGGCGAAACGUGCGGGAAAAAUAUUCGUGUGAACACAUACCUUCUUGACAACCUGCCAUGCGGCUAUCUGACAGCAAAAAAAGAAAGAAUCAAUAAAAAUCAGAAAAAAAGCAACCCUAAUUACUUCACAGUCCAAAGUUCACAGCUAACUUAUGCCCUCUGAGUUCGCUUUUGUGUAUCGGAAUCAUUCUGGUUUUCAUGUUGUCUGUCACUUGCUACUUUUUUUUUUUUUCACUUCUUUGUUGUUCUAGAGAGGUAAGCUCAAGACGCGAAAUGCAGGCAUGUUGGCAUGCAUGGCUGCUUCACUAAUAUUCGUUUAAUUUUUGGGAAAGAAAAAUUUACAACCGUGAAUAGCUAAAUAUCACAAUUUUUCUGUAUUGUAGAAUUAAAUAUAGAAAUGUUCCAUUUAUCUCGAGACACAAUCACAGCUUCAAUAAUAUUUGACAAAUUCGAAUAAAAUUUGCACACUUUAGACAUCAUUAAAAUAUACUGUAAUAGAAGUUUUCAAGUUUCAUUCUUAGUUAUAGAUUUUUUUAUAUAUGAAAAAAUUUUCAAUGGGUAUAGUUGCUACAGGCUAACUUGAUAAGACCUCGACCCCUUCCUCCUGUACUAUGUCGGCGGGACAACUGCCUGAUGCACACUCAUAGUGGUCUUACCACUUUACCACAUACUUUUGUUUAAGAUAUUUUCAAUCAUCUCAUCAACUGGUCCUGUAUUAUUAUUAGGAAAAUAAUGACUAUAUCAAAGCAUUAACCAAACGUGGAAGAGGAGGAGGCGUGACCUAUAGAUCAGCGUAGACUACAGCAACCUAAAUGAACCUUUAGUUUGAUUUCUACUGAUAUUCCUUCAAGAAUAUUUCAAUAAUGUUGUUGAGUUGAGUUUUUUUUUUUUUCGUAAAUCACUGUGAAAACCAGCUAAACUUUUUUGUAAUGUAAAUUAUACUAAAAUAUAAUAAAACAAAAUUAUA